UCAUCGGUUACCACAUACUUACGCCUUUUACUUCCGGAUCCUUCCACAGUCUUCCUUUUAUCUCCCAUCGCUUCUUCAUCUCGACCCUUCCACCCUCUGUGAGGGUUUCUCUGCAAGAAACCCAAUUUCAAGUUGCAAUCUUCAACCACUCCACAAAGGAGUGAUUCUCCUUCAAAUCCCAUCUCAAGAAAGGUGUUCUAGCACUCCCAAAUCAUCAAACCCCAAACUAUACAAAAAAAAUGCCUUCAUCAGAGAUCGAAAUUUUAUCAGUCUUUCACGUCUUUAGCGCUCCUGCUUAUGGCGAUCUGCUGAAACUGCGAAAAUUCGUCGAAGAUGAUGUCGUUUCUCUCUCUCAACCUGAUGCAUAUGGCUAUUACCCCCUUCAAUGGGCGUCCGUCAAUAACUUCCCCGAUGUUGCUCAGUACAUUAUCGAGGUACUGAGGUACACUUCACUCUAUGGGAAAUACUCUUCAACAUUAAGGGAAAAUAUGUCCAACAAACACUCUUCAAACAUUGGUUUUACACUGCAAGCUGUUUGUUUCUGCAAUCAUGCUGUUGCAAACCAAUAUUUGGGUGAAGUCAUUGAUGCAAUUGGAGAUUGCAGUAUAGCUAUAGCUUUUGACACAAGUUACCCAAAAGUACAAAUUCAUUCGUUCUUGGAAUUUCGGUUACCGACACAGAACCAAAUGAGUUUUGCUAUUCGAGAACACCACCGUUAUAUCCCCAAAGGGAUUACACAGGGCUACAGUUCCUUGCUGUGGAUGAGAUUUCUCUGUAAGGAAUUGCAGAAUCUCUUCAGACAUGGCGAUCUGUGCAGCUGUCAAAGAGAAAGGAGAAACAAGGAACACAGCUGUCAAAAGAGAAACAACCAACAUCCACCUCUAAGAUGCACAAACAAUGGAUUAACGGGAUUUGGUGUAGGACCUGUUAUGGAAGAAAACAUGUUUACACCAUUUGAAGUCGAAUUGCAGCUCCAAGUUGGUUCUUAUUUCAAGGUGAUAUGUUGGGUGUUGGGUAAACAUGGAACUGCAUAUGGCAAAUGGUGGCGACUUGAACUCUCUUUGGUGGCUGUCAUCUCAGUUGAUCCAGAUGUACUGAAGGAUUGGGCUGCAUUUCAGGGCAUUAAGCAAAAAAUUAGAAGUAUGAUGCAGGUCAAAUGGAAGGCUUACAAUUUUGGGUCUCAAACCACAAGCUUACCAGCAAUGUCGACAACUGCAUCAGGUUAUAUGAAGCAUACAAGAUGCACGCUGUUAUUGCAAUUGAUUGUUGUUGCUGCAACUGAUGGUCAUCGAACCCAACUGCCAUCAACUAAUUUGGUUCAAGGGGAGACAGAAGGUGAGGGAAGACAGGAAAGAGUUUUUGAACACCAGCUGCUCGACAAAACUCCUCAACGAAAAAUCUGGUCAAGAGUGUGUUUGUACUUGGAAACUGAUGGUGAUCGAACCCAACUGCCAUCAACUAAUUUGGUUCAGGGGGAGAGACAGAAGGUGAGGGAGACAGGAAGAGUUUUUGAACACCAGCUACUCGACAAAACUCCUCAACGAAAAACCUGGACAAGAGUGUGUUUGUACUUGGAAAAGCAAACACUCGGACAUAUGGUAGGGGUUCAUUUUGAUAUCAGGUUGUUCAAGACCAAUGGCUGACAGAGUUUUAGAGAUUUAAUGAAGAUUUCAACACUUAAAACUUCAGUUUUAAACCCAGACAACAAAGCUUACUUCAAAUCAAGAUUUAGAGUGGUAUCAGCCACUUGGUCAGGUGUGUGGAAUCUGUCGUACGGAGACUAGAGGAAGGGAAACAAUAGUCAGUACUCUGUAGGAGAUUAUGCGGAUGGAUGCAAUCAACGUUGACUAUCAGUAUGACCGAAUUAUAUUGAAGGUGCAAAGAGUGGUAGAAGAUCAUUGUAAUUGUAAAGCAGCAAAGUAAAAUAAAAUUGACUCAAGCAACAUACUUUACUGUAGCUACCAAUUAGAACAA